GAGCGACUUGAUCGGUAUCUUUAAUUUUUUCCAUGCUGUUGUAAUGUGUUGAAAGAUGCUCUUUAAAAAGGGAAAAUAUCAUUUAAAAAACUGCUGCGAACAAUUAUAAAUACUUUUAAUUUUAAACUAAAAUUAAACCUAACUUAAAUCUAACCCAAACUGAAUAUUGAAUCUUGUCAUUUGUAUUUCGCGAUUCGUUCACUAAAUCUAAACCUAACUCUAACCCAAGGAGUACAAAUAAGCUAGACACCGACAACAAUGCAGGCGACUACGAAGUUUCAUUUUUUCACUUGUUAUUUUUUUGUUAUUUGACUAUUUUUUAAAUAAAUAUUAAGCUUCCUUUUUAAGUGUUUAUUGAUUAUAUUUCCUUUCACUUAAUUCGGGCUUAUACAGAUAGGAUUAAGAUUAGUUUUAACCUAAAAUUAAAAGUACUUAUAAUUGUUUGCGACAUUUUUUAAAUUAUAGUUUGGCUUUCUAAACAACCCCCUUCAACACAUUAUAAAAAAAUAAACUCCAAGAAAUGAAUGAAUGGGUAGAAGGUUCAGAAUUAGAUCAUGCAUUAGAGGAAAAUACUAAAGAUUAUCCUGAUUUAUUGAAAAUCAUUUUUUUCGAUGACACAAAUAUCGAUGAUUUGUUUGCAGAAUAUGAAAUAGUGAAGAAUUCAUAUAAGGAAGACAAAAGUUAUAUUUAUACAUUGCAAAAUGGGAUUCAAAAUUUAAAAAAAUUAGAAAUUGAAUUAGAUGAGACUAUAGAAAAGGAAGAAGAAUCUUUGGAUAGAGAAAAUAUUAAAGCUAAUAGAGCAUAUGAAGAAUGUUCCAUAAUUAUGAAAAAGUUCGAUACUCAGAAUCAUCAAUUUUUUGAAGAAGUUGAGUUCCUUGUGAACGUUUACGCAGACGCAGCCGAAAAUAAAGGAAGACCAUUAUUAUGGACUCAAAUGCCACUAAAACUUUUUACCAAAACUAUAGAACUAUAUAAUCAUUACUUAGAUGUUCAUAUAAAACGACAGUUUGGAAAUGCAUCUGAGGAAGAGCAAAAGACUGAUUCUAAUUAUGUUUCCUUAAUUAACAGUAAUAAAGAAAAAACUAUGGAUAACGAAAAGUUAUUGGAACUGACAUUAUGUAAAACAAACUUAACUAAUGCGAAAAUAGAAGAAAUUCUAGCAAAAGUACAAGAGGAAUCAUACAUUGCAAUGUUGAAUUAUAUAGAAGAUAUAUAUAAUUUAGGAGAUAUGAAAGUACCCAAACAUUCUGAAUUAAGAACAGAAAUUUUAAAGGUAACUAGGAAAAGAGAUUUUUUAGAAGAAAAUAUCACUUUGUUACAAGAACGUCAGUUAACAGAAGUAGUGCAACAAUUCUCAGAAUUGGAAAUAACUAAGAUCUUAAAACAGGAUGCUCAUACGAGACUUAUACGAACAAAAAAUCAUUUAGAAAAACUUAGAAACUUACGGUUUCUUGCACGAGAACAUGGUCAUGUGCACACUGAUUUAUUACGAAUGCUGAUGGAAGUGCAAUUUCAGUGUCUUAAAAAUGUUUCUGAAUUUGUAGCUGAUGCUUACCACUAUUUUACAACAGAAUAUUCACUAUCAUCUACAAGAUGUGAGAGUAUGCAGAAACUGCAAAACAAGUAUUCUGCCAUUGUAUCUUCACCAAAAAUACAUAAUUCAUUUCACAAAAUUUUUUUUUCGAUGGUAUGUAGUGACAAUAGUACACAUCAAUUAAAUUCUGCAUUGCAAAAGUAUAAUGAUCUCAUAGAUGAAAAUAAAAUUAAAAAAAAAAACCUAUUGAAAACUUAUUUAAAUUCAAAAGUUGACAAAUUAGAAAUAUUGGAAAAUGAUAUAAAUUCGCAAUAUUUAAACGAAGUUGAGAAAGGACCGACACAUACAUAUAAACCAAUUUCUUAUGAUAUUGAAAUAAAUCACAGCGAAGCACUCAAUAAUAUACAAAAGAUACAAAACGAUUUGACAAAGAUCAGAAAUCAAAUGAAAGAACGAUUGAAGGCAGAUACAAACUUCGAGCGAGAAAAGGCUAUUCUUUGGCAACGAUUUCUAAUCGAUCCUGAUACAUUAAGAAAAACAUAUAAACAAUUGAAAACUGUGACAAAGAGAUCUUGCUUCGAUGAUGCACUUAAAAAGGAAUUAAAUGAUUCACUGUAAUUUACUACUAUUAUAAAUAUAGCCAUACAAUAAAUAUUAUAAAUAUUAUAAUGUAUCAUUAGAAAGAUUUUGAUAAAUUAAGUUAUAUUAAAUACACUGCCAGAUAGAUUUCAAUAAAAUGUUUCUAAUGAUAUGCUAAAAAUAUUUAAUUGUGAAGUGUAUAAUAUUUAAUCUUAUUAUCUAAAAUUUAUAUAACUUGUGUAUUAGUUUUUAAUAAAUGAUAAUAUAAUUUAUAGAAACUAAUGCAAAUUGAAAUGGAAAUAAAUAAUUGAAAUAAAAAUCUACCAAUAAAUUUUUUUAUUUAUUAUCAUUCCCUAUAAGAUAUAUCAAAUCGUUCGUAUACAAGCAUUGGAAUCACUAAUAACUGUACCUAUGUAUAUAUAUUUAUGAUAUCAAAGAGGAAAUUAGAGUGCUCACGCUUAUGGACCUAUUUGUUCCCGGAUUAGUGCUGCACCAUACGGGCAAGUGCUGAGUUUAAUCUACGUUAGCAUAUAUAAGAACCUAUAACAUUGGGGAUCUACCCUGUUUGAUUGUACACUAGCAUAGACAAGAACCAAUCGUCAAUUACUUUAUUGUGCAAGAAAAUGCUAAAAACGAAUUCAAGGUAGCCAUGUUUACAACACGUUUUGUAGAUUCGGUAAUGCCAAACUCGCGUAAUUUUACUUCGACGUUUGUCUAUGUUGACGAUUGUACAAAGAAUAUUCAAAAAAAAAAAAAAAAAAAUCGGAUAGAAAAGUAGAUAUAAACUUUUCCGUAGAACCGUACAAUUAAAUAAGUUCUUGUAUAUGCUAGUAUGCAAUUAAACAGGGCAGAUCUCCAACUUUAAAUUUAAAUACAUAGGUUCUUGUACAUGCUAAUGUCAAUUAAACUCAACACUUGGCUGCAUGGUGCAGCACCUGUACUGUGAAACAAAUAGAAGUACGAGUAUGAAUGAUGGUAUUAAAACAUGUGAUUUUUAAAAUUUUUUAUCCUAGAAACGAAAUAACUUAUUGGAUAAACUUUACUUCAAGGGAUCAAAAACUACUGACCGUUUUUACAAUCUUGUAGUUUAUGACGUGUAAAAUUCGAAAAUACAAGUUUUAAGAGAGGAAGUUGCAGAGAAGAAGAUAAUGAUCACCUUAAUGCGAAUAUGACAAAUGCACGCGAAGGUUGAGACUGCCCCUUAUCUAUUGCUUGAUUUAACAAACAUGUAAAUACUUGUUACAUUUUUUCUCUGUUAUUGCUAUGUAUAUUACAUAUGUAGAUAGUAACACGUAUGUAUGCACAUGUCAGGUUCAUAAUUCUGGAAAAUUAGAAAUGUAUCCUUGAUGGCUAAUACAUUUCUUAUAUUUUUAGUAUCUUACAUCAAACACCAUGAAGAAAAGCUUCAUUUUUUCUUAAAAAUUAACUUUUUUUAUUUGUGAAUAAAAUUUGUCCGUUUAGAAAAUAUGAAUUGUGUAAUUUCGUUCAUAUUAAACGUGACACACAUUAAACUAUGUCGCAAAUUCAUGUCAAGGUCAAUAAAUGAAGUCUAGUAAAAGUAGAGCAAUAUUGUAUAAAAAUCCAUAAAUAAUUAGUAGCAAACAAAUUUUCCACAAUUAAAUAAAAAAAUAUUGAUAUUACCAUAUAUUAUGUUCUCAAGUAAUUUUAAGAUUUCCAUGAAAUUAAAAGCUACAAAAAAUUCAUAUAAAUAAUUCUAAUAAAUUUAUGAAAAUAUUAAAAUUAUCUUAUUUUCCUA